AUGGCAAUUGCGCGGGACAUUGAGGCGAUGUAUCCGUGUGCGAGCACAGAGGUGGCGGGGGUACAACGCAGGAAGCAGCAGGAACUGCCACAGCUGCUGUUUGUGCUGCACUUUGCGUCAAUGCUUGCUGCCUCAACGGCACAACGGGAGCGCACCCCAGCCACUGGUGACAAAGCCACUGGCGCCAAAGACAAACUCGACGCCAACAGCAACGACAACAGCAGCAACGCCGCCGCCAACGCUGCUUCCGCCAGGUUUGAGUUUCGCCUGCGCACGCUGACAGACACAGAGCCGGAUGCCGAGUGGUGGAGCGCUGGCGAUGAUGACCUGCCUCCAUCUGCCGCUGCGUCCGUGCAAUCGCCACUGUACAGUCAAGUCCGCCUCGACUUUCUGGACCGCAUGUCCGAUGAUGGCGUCGAUCGCCUGCGAGCCGAGGCGCUACUGACGUCGCACCAGGUGCUUGCACUGGGGGAGGUGGACACGGACACGAUGCUGUCCUACUGGCGGGUGGUGCGCGAUGCCUGCAGGCACGAGCGGUUUGCCUUCUUCACAGCGCCGCUCCGUGCCGCGUGUGAGGCGCACGAGGUGACAGAAGACGACAUCACGUCGCUUCUUGACGGCAUGGACACAUACUCACGUCUGCAAGCGGAGAAGGGCUUCCACGGCGCCGGCCUGUUUGGCCUCGCAUACACGCUCGCAUCUGAUCGUGACGUGCGCACACUCACGCGACAGAUCUGGAGAAGCGGCAACGUCCUGGCAGACACGCGCCUAUCCACGGUGUUGCCGGCAACAGCGCUGGAUGCAGUGAAGCGGCACAUCGCUGCAGUCGUCACAGACAACAACUUCCAGUUGCUUGCGCUGCUGCUGUCUCGGACGAACGGGUGGCGGUGGGAGCGCAAUUCCCCGCUUGAGGGCGUCAACUUCAUUGAUCUCAACUCAGCAGAGGACAUGACACGUUACUUGCAGGUCCAGCUCAGCGCCAAAGCUGCUGCUGCUGCCUCCAAUUCGGGCACCCCUGCAGCACCAACAACGCCGGCCAACGAAACCAUCAGCACACACGCGCCCGCACCCGUCUUUGACGAGGAUGUGGACGAGCCAGAGACGACACCUGAAUUGUGUCACCGGCUGAUGCGUAACAACUGCCUGCCAUCGCUGCUCAUGCUUUCCGCCUUUGAUCCCGGCGCCCUGCAGGCGGCAGAAGGUGCUGAGGAUGUGCAGCUGCUGUUGCGCGCCAUGAAUCCAACAACACCAACGCCGGCCGACGGUGACCUGCUCCUCAAGUUGCUACAAAAUGCAACGGGCACACAUGCACGCGCCGUGUUUGCCUGGCUCGCGCGAACACCCGCGCACACAACCGACCGUGUCGUCAGCCAGGACGACGUCAACAGCAACAAUAGCAACAGCAGUAUCAGUGGUGGUGCACGCCAUUGGUUCGUGCGCAGGGCGCUGCCUGCGUUUGAUUCCCCGGAACUGCGGUCACAUGCGCUGGAAGACAGCCUCGACUUUGUGUUCUACAUCGAGCAAGGGCGCCCGCUAUUUGCAAUGCAACUGUUUGAUCGUGAGGAGAGGGGGCACCUCACGCCAGACGCGACCACGCGCAUCUACGCAGCUGUCAUGACACGGCCGAUGCACCUGCCUUGUGUUGCCGCGGCGCUGUCCUUCCUGAGUCGGCUCGAGCGCGAGGAUGUUGCCACAUAUCUCCGGCAAGACGUACAAGCCGCCCAGCGCCUGAUCCAGACAAGAACAAGCCAUAAGACGAGCAGCAUCGGCAGCAGCAAUGUCCUUUCCCAGGACCAGUCCUCGCUCAUGACAAUGCACCGCCACCGCGCCGGGCAGUACCUCGCUGCACUCUCUCGCGCCACGCAGAUCAUCUUGGAGAGCAAGCGCGGCGGACACCGGGUGUACGAGCCAGACCUCUCAUCAUCACCAUCAUCACUGUCAUCCCCAUCGUCGUCGUCGAUUCAGACGCCCGCAGAUGUGAUUGAGACCUGGGAUCUGGUGCUGAUGAUUGCACGCAGACACGGCGUCGUCUUUGUGCCCGACUUCCUUGGAUAUGUGGAUGCGGACAACCAGUGGCUGUUCCUCACUGCAUACGCGCAGUUCUACUCUGUUCAGCCACAGCACGUGAUUGACGUGGUGCAGCAGCAAAUGAAUGCCGGGACAACAAAGGAGCACGUGCGUGCCAUGCUGUACAAGGUGGUACACACCCAGCCCGACACACCCACGACUGCCGCCGCGCAGACAAUGGUUGCACACCCGCAUUACACCAUCCCUGACGGUGCCAGCGACGAUGCAGGCAACGGCCUCCACCUCGUCGACUUUCUUCAGCUCGCACGUGACGCAACCCAGUCGUGCUCUGCGUCCAUCCCCGAAGUCCUCCUUGCCCUCGCGUUUCGUCAGCGGUGCCCGACAAUGGCGCUGCUCGCCACGUGCUACGGCAGCAACCUCACGUACACGUGCCUGCUGGUCUGGCUGUUGACAAAGCUGCACAGUAUCGGGCACGUGCCGCUCAGUGCGCAGCUGGCGAGCAUUGAGGCCGACAUUGUGUGCGAAGCAAACGGUGUGUGCCACCUUCACAUCGACAGCGAGCGUGGCUUCUCACUCUGCAAGGAAGCCAUUGUCCUCUAUAUCAGGCUUGGAUUCCUCAAUCCUUUGCAGGCAUGUGCCCUGUGUUUGUGUGUUGAUGCGCUCGGCCUAUUUGCAGAGCAGGCGUUCAAGCCUGUGGUGAAGGCCAUCGACCUUGCCCACAAGCACGCUGAGCGGAGUGCCACAGCCGUCUUGCAUGAGGAGGUGAAAGCCGGCACCACCAAGGGGACGUGGGAUGCCCUCUUCCUCGCGUUCUUCAAGCACACCCCCACAUCUCUGCGCGCGCGUGAGAUCCUGGCGGCGGCGUUGCGUGCAAGCAAUUUCCCAAUCGCCGACCAGCACCUGCACAAGCGCGUGCACCCGAACCAGCAAGACGGGGCAGACACGGACAAGCCAUCAUCGCCGCGCACAGCGGAUGCGGCUGUGCGGGAGGCCAUUGCUGCUGGUGACUUUGUCGAUGCACGCGCACGCGCGAUCCGCGCUGGUCUGGGCACGGCCGCUGUUGACGUGGCGCAGGCGUACGAGAUUGCGAAGAAGGAGGUUGACAUCAAGACGGGGUCUGUCCACGAGGAGAACAAGCGUGAUGACAGCCUGUCGCGUGCCAUUGUAACGGAGUGCCUGCAUCACUUUGAGCGACACAGCGUUGAUGCGCGCACCAAAGCCCUCUUCUUUGUGAGCCUCGUGUCGGCUGCCUUUGGCGUUGCUGAGCCGCACCUCCCGUACGCGACGCGCGUGAGCGGCAUCACAAAGGCGGCGGACGAGGCCCUGCUGCUCGACACGGGGCUGACGCUGCUGCCACGCUCGCACCACAAGAUGCGAUCAGCGCUCCGGUCCAUUGAGGUGAUGCUGUGGCAGCGGCGCCUGGAGGUGCAGACAUAUGUCAUCAACAACACGAGCGGGGAGCCACCGAUUGUGCCAAUUGACGAGAACGAGACGAUUGGCAAGCGCGGGUGGCGUGGCGAAGAGGCGCAGGCAGACAAGAACCCUGCACACUUCAAGUGCCCGUCGCGUCUGCUCGCUCGCUCAUCCAACGGCUACGAUGAAGAUGACGAUGAGGACGAGGCGGUGGCUCGGGUGCCAGAGUCACAAGAGCGCGCGUUCCACUUGUUCCUGCAGGUACUGUUGCGGCGGGGCAGUGUUGGUCGUGCAGCACACCUGUGCAUGCUCUUCAACUUCUACCACCCGGCCAUUGUCGCCGCUCAGCUCAGUGUCUACCUCGCAUGGGAAACGUGGACCCCGGAUGAGGCGCAUCCGCUUGCAGAAGAGCACUUGGGGCUGAGCUUCAAGGAGGGCGACGUGGAGCAUUGCCUGCAGGCAUUGGUGUCGGCUGCAACGCUCGCUUCGGCCUGCGUUGCCCGCAUUCUUGCAAACUACCGCAUGGCCAAGAAGUUGUGCAUGCCGCUGCAGUCGUUCUUCAGCCAGGAAGCCCUCAAGCUUGAGGUGCUGCGGCGCGCGUACACGUGUUUCGCUGGCUUUUGCUAUAUGGACGUUCUGCAGGAGUUCCGAUCUCUCCUCAACGACCAGGUCCACACCUUCCCCGCCGAAGGCAACGUGCUUGGGCUGUGCCAGUUCCUCGUGAGCGUCCGGAACAUUCGCGAGUUUGAGUUCAUCAUCGCUCAUCUUUACCGCACGCAGCACUUUGAGCAGCUCCUACGGCGGGGCAUGAGCCAUCUUGAUGAGCAGACGAAGCUUGACUUUCAGUCGUUUCUGCGCGAUUUCCUGGACCGGCAGCCCCGCAGUCACUACAAGGCAGAACUACAGGAGAUAUUGCCAAUCUUCUUCGAUGUUUCUGCGGACCUGGGCGCCAUGCUCAUGGACAAGGCUGAUCGCAUUCUAAGCGACUUUGUGCCAGACAAAAUGGACUCGCCAGACUUUGUGGACGCCCUCAUCAUGUGCACGGAGACGCUUGCUGACGCGGCUUCGCACUUCCUGAAGGCCGGAGCGCCGAGCGAUGCGCGCACGUGUGCGUGGCGGGCGCAGUUGUGUGCACUGCAGACGCAGCACGACGACCAGCUGCUCUUGCUGUCCACCGACGAAGCGAAAGAACGCAUGCGAACCAUCUCCUCGUUUGGCGCCUGUCGCAUUCUCGGCGAACACUACAUGCCGGCAGCAGGCGACGAGAAAUACUGCGAACCCGUCUUCCACAACGUGAUUGUGGUGCCGGGCAUGCUUGCCUCUGCCACCUCCUCCUCGUCCCUCUCCCCCUUUGCCACCACCACCGCCGCCGCCACGUCGCUGCCAGACCUCGACCCGCCGCGCUACUGGGACGAGUUCAAGCGCCACACGACACUGACACCGCUCUUCUUCCGCGAUAUGCAGCGUCGCCUCAAGCGAUUUCUGCAUGACGCGCAGCCGGAGAACGAGGCCCCUUUCAAGGCCGCAUUUGCGGCCAUCCUCAUGGACUGCCCGUUCCUGGUAGAGCUUGAGCUGAUGGUGAAGAUGAUGCCAGACAUAUGCACGAAGCGGUUGCGCGCCAAGUGCAGCGCUCUCGCUGUUGUGCAGUCUGCAUCCAAGACUGUUUUCGACGUCACGCCGGCUGCCUUUGCAGACCACACGGCCACAUGGUGA